UCACAUAUCUAUAUUGAUCAAAGUUAAGAAACCCUACGAUUUACUAAAUCUCUCUAGCUAUACUUUACCAUAUCAUAUUACAUAAUGUCUAACCGAAAAUCACGGUCAAGACAAACCGGAGUUCCCAUGAUCACCGAAGAACAAAUCAACGAUCUUGUCCUUCAGCUUCAUCGUCUUCUUCCCGAACUUGGUAACAACAGACGCUCUGGAAAGGUUUCAGCAUCGAGGGUAUUGCAAGAGACAUGUAGUUACAUAAGGAACUUGAGCAAAGAAGUGGAUGAUCUGAGUGAAAGGUUGUCGCAACUUUUGGAAUCAACUGAUUCAGCUCAAGCUGCACUCAUCCGAACUGGAUCUCUCCGCCGGAUCUCUCGCCGGAAUCCACUCCUCUUUGAUCUUCUCACUCCACUCCACUCGUCUUUGAUCUCUCCGCCGGCUGUCUUCUUCUCUCUCGUGCGUGGGUUUGAAUUAGCUGCGACCAUUGUUUGAGAGGUGUUACGGAUUGAAAUCGCUGCAACCACUGUUUGAGAGGUAUGAUAUAUCUCUAAUUCAUGAUUUUGUAUUGAGUUUAUGUGUACCAAUGGAGACGAGUGUUGUGGCUUUGUUUGAUUUCGUGUUUCUAAUGCUUAUAGGCUAUGUGAAUCUGGUGAGUUUUUGUUUCAGUGAUUAGCUAUUUCUUCUUCUCUUGUAACUCUUUUCUAUAGAACCUCCGAGAAAGUAGAAUUUGAUAAAGAUGUUAAUUGGUU